CCUCGUUCUCCAACACAUCUCAUAUCCAAAACAUAAUCUCUCCCUUAGUUCCAUAACAUAAACACUCUCCGACCACCAAAUGUCUACAUCCAACGGCGAGAAAAGCUUGAUCGUGAGCUUCGGUGAGAUGCUCAUCGACUUUGUCCCCACUGUCUCCGGCGUAUCACUCUCUGAGGCUCCUGGCUUCAUCAAGGCUCCCGGUGGUGCACCUGCCAACGUUGCUAUUGCUGUCGCUCGUCUCGGUGGCCGUGCUGCUUUUGUCGGAAAGCUCGGUGACGAUGAGUUUGGUCACAUGCUCGCCGGAAUCUUGAAACAAAACGGUGUCUCUGCAGAAGGAAUCAACUUUGAUACUGGAGCUAGGACGGCGCUUGCGUUCGUGACGCUUAGAUCUGAUGGAGAACGUGAGUUCAUGUUUUACCGGAACCCUAGCGCCGACAUGCUCCUCCGUCCCGAUGAGCUUAACCUCGAUCUCAUCAGAUCUGCUAAGGUGUUUCACUAUGGAUCAAUUAGUCUCAUCGUGGAGCCAUGUAGAUCUGCUCAUCUGAAAGCCAUGGAGGUGGCUAAAGAAGCUGGUGCAUUGCUCUCUUAUGACCCAAACUUGAGGCUACCUUUGUGGCCUUCCAAGGAGGAGGCUAAGAAGCAGAUUCUUAGCAUCUGGGACAAAGCUGAAGUGAUCAAAGUCAGCGAUGAAGAGCUUAUGUUCUUGACUGGAUCUGAUAACGUUGAUGAUGAGACUGCUCUGUCUCUGUGGCAUGAUAACUUGAAACUUCUCUUGGUCACUUUGGGUGAAAAGGGUUGUAAUUAUUACACCAAGAGCUUCCGUGGAUCUGUUGAUCCUUUCCAUGUGGACGCUGUGGACACAACUGGUGCUGGUGAUUCAUAUGUUGGUGCCUUGCUUUGCAACAUUGUUGAUGACCGCUCUGUUCUUGAGGAUGAAGCUCGUCUUAGAGAAGUGCUCAGGUUUGCAAAUGCAUGUGGAGCCAUUACAACUACCAAGAAAGGAGCAAUUCCAGCUCUUCCCACAGUGUCUGAAGUUCAAGCUCUCCUGAAUGGAAACUGAUCUACAACAAGUCUGGAAUUUUAAGAUUUCACAUUUUACUCUCUUUUUUGUUUGCUUUGUGUUUUGGUUCUGUGUGGUUCAUAGAACUGUUUGAUUAUGUUACCUUAUGAAUAAAAACUCGUUACCAAGUU